AUGACAGCAAUCAAACGUGCACUAAAAACUGGCAGCGCUCCAAGCCACCCCAGGUCCCCCCGGUGCGCAGACUCAGAGGCUGGCGGAGCGAAGCCCCUCCCGGCUGAGGGACCGGAGCGUGCAGAGCGCACGCGUGGCGCCGUCCUGGCGCCGCCCCCCCCGCCCCUCCUCCGCCUGUCCCGCCAUGCUAGUACGCAUGCGCUCAGCAAUCGAAGCCUUCGGGCUGCGCAGUUUCCAGUGCACCCGCAUCCUGGAUCCGCCCAGCCCUUCCCCGGGAUAGGCCUAUGGCGGCGUGACAGAGGAGGAGGAGGAGGAAGAAAGGACCUCCGGGCUCCUGGCAGCCAGCAGGCAGGAAUCGGUGACCUUCAAGGAUGUGGCUGUGCACUUCACCUGGGAGGAAUGGAGACUUCUGAAGCCUGCUCAGAGGACCCUGUACAGGAACGUGAUGCUGGAGACGCUGGAGCACCUUGUCUCCCUGGGGCUAUCUGUUUCCAAACUGGAUCCAAUCUCCCUGUUGGAGAGAGACGAAGUGCCCCAGACCCCGAGCGAGAAGUGCCCCGAGGGCGCUGUCCAGAUUCCCUUUGUCAGGGGACACAGUGUGAAAUCAAGGACUCAAGUCUGAUGUCAGACAUUUGGAUGGGAACCUUAUCCAAGAAAAUACUGCCAACGGAUGGUUCCUGGUAUUCCGUAAUAAGAGAAGCUCAUUUCAACUUAGAAAGACACAAGGACAGCCCAGGGACAGUGUCCGGACAAGUAAUAGACACUCCUAAAAUAACAUUUAAUAGAGUGAGUGUGCCUUUCUGUAACACCUUUGCAAGAAGUUUCAGUCUGGGCUCGGUCUUUGUUCCACUCUGCAGAGAUGCUGCAGAAGAGAGUCUUCAUAAAUCUCCAGCACUUGGAAAGAACUUCUGGGAUUUUUUAAACCUAAUUACAUCUAAUGCAUUAUCCUUGGAAAAGAAUCUUUCUAAAUAUGACAGAUACAAGAAGCCUUUCAGUUAUCACUCAAACCUAAUUAAAUUUCAUCAGAUACAUGUGGGAGAAAAGCUACGUGAACACAGUGAAUGUGAAAAAGCCUUUGACAGAAGAUCAGAUCUUACUGGACAUCAGAGAAGUAGAAUUGCAGAGAAACAUUAUAAAUGUGAUGAAUGUGGAAAAACCUUUAACCACAGGGGAAGCUUGACUAAACAUACUAGAAUUCAUACUGGAGAGAAACCUUUUGAAUGUAGUGAUUGUGGGAAAGCCUUCAGUGAGAGAGGAAAACUCAAGAGCCAUCAGAGAACUCAUAGUGGAGUAAAGCCCUUUGAAUGUAAUGAAUGUGGGAAAGCCUUUAGUGUGAGGGGAAACCUCAAUGCACAUCAUCGAACUCAUGCAGGCGUGAAACCCUUUGAAUGUAAUGAAUGUGGGAAAGGCUUCAGUGAGAGUAGAUUACUCAAAAGUCACCAGAUAACUCAUACUGGAGUAAAGCCAUUUGAGUGUAAUGAAUGUGGAAAAGCCUUCAAUCAGAAAGGAAACCUUAUGAGCCACCAGAGAACUCAUACUGGAAUGAAGCCUUUUCAGUGUAAUAAAUGUGGGAAAACCUUCAACCAGAAGCGUUUCCUUAAAAGUCAUCAGAAAAUUCAUACUGAAGAAAAGCCUUUUGAAUGUAGUGAAUGUGGAAAAGCCUUUAGCCAGAAAGGUUACCUUAAAAAUCAUAAUAAAAUUCAUAGUGGAGAAAAACCAUUUGAAUGUAACGAAUGUGGGAAAGCCUUCCGUCGGAAAGGAUACCUUAUUACUCAUCAGAGAACUCAUACUGGAGUGAAAGCUGUUGAGUGUAAUGAAUGUGGAAAAGCCUUCAGCCAGAAAGGUUACCUUAAAAGUCAUCAGAGAAUUCAUGCUGGAGAGAAACCCUUUGAAUGUAAUGAAUGUGGGAAAGCCUUCAGCCAGAAGAGUUACCUUAAAAGUCAUCAUAGAAUCCAUACUGGAGAGAAACCAUUUAAAUGUAAUGAAUGUGGGAAAACCUUCAGCCAUAAGGGUUACCUCAAAAGCCAUCAGAAAAUACAUGUUGGAAAGAAAUUAUUUGAACAAAGUCAGUGUGAGAAAGCCUUCAACCAGAAUUGCCUUGAUGGCCAUCAGAAAAUUAACAGUGGAAUAGAGUCCUUUGAAUGUAAUGAAUGUGGCAAAGCCUUUGCUGAAAAGGAAGCCCUUAUUAGACAUCAGAGAACUCAUACUGAUGUGAAACCUUUUGAAUGUAAUGAAUUGGGGAAAGGCUUCUGCAGAAAAGCACAUGUUGUUACCCAUCACAGAAUUCAGACUGGGUUAAAACUUUUUGAAUGUAAAUGAAUGUGGGAAAGCCUUCAGCCAAAGCAUAUACUUUACUACCCAUAAGAAUACUUACACUUUAGAGAACCAGUUUUAAUAUAAUAAAUGGGAAAAGGGCUUCUGAGAAAUUGAGAGCCUUAUUAAACAUCAGAGAAUUCAUCCUGGACUGUAACAUUUUGAGUGUAAUAAAUAUCUUUAUUGAGAUCAGAUUAUGCCAAGGUAGAUGGCCAGCAAUUAGGAAAUGGCUAAACAAAUUGUUAUAUGUUCAUAUAAUGGGGCAUUACUGUGCUGUAAGAAAUGAUGAAUAUGGUAAAUUUAAAGAAGUAUGGAAAACAUGGAUAAUAACUUACAGAAGGAAGUAAAGGGCUGUAACAAUAUAUAUGAUGGCUCCAACAAUGUAAAUGGAAAGAACAAGAAAAAAGAAACUGAACAAUAUAUAAUUUUAAUAUCCAAGUAUGGUCCCAGAGAAUGAGGGAAAAGCAUCUCUUUCCCUUUGUGGAAGUUGGCAACUGUGUGUAAUACUGCUUAUGCUUUGCUACUUUCUUGGUGUUUUGGUUACUUUUGCUGACUACUUUUUGUUCCUUUUCCUCCUCUUCUUCAUGCCCCCCCCUGCCCUCCAGAAUGGCCCACUGGAGGAAAAGCUGGGGAAGGAUAUAUUUGGAAAUGAAAGUGGUAUAAGAAAAAAGUACACCAAUGACUUUAUCCUUUAAAAACUAUUAAACAAAGUGCAGAUUAUGCAGGUUUGAGAUUAGAUCCUUUUCUUGACAGUACUUCAAAAUGUGUAGAUUGGGAAAUGUUGUAGACGUGAUUGACCGAUGUUUCAGCAAAGCAUUUUAUAAAUCCUCACAAGAAGAGGUGGUGAAGUUGGGGGUACACAAUAGAACGAUCCAGUGGAUUCAGGACAAUUGGAAUGACUUGCCCCACAGAGUAGUUAUUAAUGGGUUGAUGGAAUGAAUUGCUCCAGGCAUACUUGAACCUAUACUAUUUUAACAUCUUUAUCUAUGACCCAUAUUCAUAAAAUAUUCAAAUCCAGGAAGGAUAGCUGACAUUUCAGAUAUUGGAAUCUGGAUCUGGUAAGAUCUUGACAGUCUAAAAUAAUGGUAUCCAGUUUUUUUAAUUGUACACUUCUAGCAAUAAAAAUUAUAUGAAUAUGCACCCUA